GCCCCCCCGUCCACGGGCGGGACACGUCGGUUGCUUCUUGUGCAACGUCCCGGCGUUGGGCAACACGGUGGCGCAAGGCGGGUGGUGCCCGGGGGGCACCCAUGGGUGUGGGGGGGACACCCCCAUAUACACACACCCACCCCCCCGCACUGCGGGGGGCCGCCCCACGCCCCCACCCCCCGCUGCACCCCGAAAGCAGAAGUGGAAGCUGGGAGGGACGCGUGGGGGGGUGCGCUGGGGGGGUGCCCGGGGGGGUCAGGGGGUGCCCCCCCCACCCCCCGGGGCGGGCGGUAACCCCUUAUCUGGGGCGGCAGGAGGAGGCGGCGCCGCGGCUCCGGCAUGGGGGACCCCGAGACGUUGGUGGUGCUCGGGGAGGUGGGGGGGCGGGGGCCUCCCUUGGCCCCGCCCCUCGGGCCGCCCCUGGCUCCGCCCCCGCCGGGCCCCGCCGAGGUGGAGCUCACGUGGCAGGAGAUCCUCUCCCUCAGCGAGCUCCAGGGCUUGGACAUGGCAGCCGACGCCCCCUUCGACCCCUCCUUCUGCCCCCUCCCUGCGCCUCCCCCUCCCCUUUACGCCCCCCUCCAGCCCCCUCCUCCACCCCCUCUCCCUCCACCCCCCUUCUCCCCCCAUUUCCCGCCUCCCUUCCCCAAUCCCCCCUUACCGACGCCCUUCCCGGCGCAGCCAGCCGCCCACCCAGCCGCUCCCCGGGGCGGGGGCAGCAGCCGGGACGCGCGCCGGGCGCUGGCCUCGGCUUUGCCCAUCGGCCCCGACGCCAUCGUCAACCUGCCCGUGGAAGAUUUCAACGCGCUGCUGGGGCGAGCGCGUUUAUCCGGGCCGGAGCUGGCCUUGGCGCGAGACAUCCGCCGGCGCGGCAAGAACAAGGUGGCGGCUCAAAAAUGCCGCCGGCGGAAAUUAGAAGCCAUCGCUCGGCUGCAGGCGGAGCUGGGGAGGUUGGGGCGGGAGCGGGAACGGCUGCUGCGGGCGCGGGGGCAGGCGGAGCGGGCGCUGGGUGCCCUGCGCCGAGACCUGGCCCGCGUUUCGGCUCAGGUGCUGGGGGCCUUGAGGGACGGGGCCGGCAACCCCCUGCCCCCCGAGCGCUUCGGGCUGCGCCUGGCGCCCGACGGGGGGCUCAGCCUCGAGAGCCCCGGGCUGGCGGAGUGAGUGGGGGGCACCCUCGGGUGCUCGUGGUGCUACCUGGCACCCCACAGAGCCCCAUGGCCCCCCCGGGGGACCCCUGUACCCAGUGGAGCUCCACAGCACCCUUGGGUGACCCCUGCACCCCGUAGGGAGCAGUCGGGUCCUUGGGUGCCACCCUGCACCCCACACAGCCCCAUGGCCCCCCGGGUGACCCCUGUACCCCAUGGGGAGCAAUGAGGCCCUUGGAUGUCAUCCUGCACCCCGUGAGUCAUCCAAGGGUGCCCUUGGGCUCCAUGUACCCCAUAGAGUCCCAUGACACCCCAGGUGACCCCUGUACCCCACAGAGCUCCACAGCACCCUUGGGUGACCCCUGCACCCCAUGGGGAGCAGUGGGGUCCUUCGGUCCCACCCUGCACCCCCAGAGCCCCAUUGCUCCCCAGGUGACCCCUGUACCCAAUGGAACUCCACAGCACCUUUGGGUAACCCCUGCACCCCAUGGGGAGCACUGGGGUCCUUAGGUGCCACCCUGCACCCCACAAAGCCCUGUGGACCCCCUGGGUGACCCCUAUACCCCGUGGAGCUCCACAGCACCCUUGGGAGACCCCUGAAUCUCAUGGGGAGCAAUGAGGCUCUAGGGUGUCAUCCUGCACCCCAUGAGUCAUCCAAGGGUGCCCUUGAGCUCCAUGUACCCCAUAGAGCCCCAUGACACCCCUGGGUGACCCCUGUACCCCACAGAGCUCCACAGCACCCUCGGGUGCCCCCUACACCCUGUUGUGAGCAAUGUGGCCCUUGGGUGCCAUCCUGCACCCCACAGAGCCCAAGGGCACCCUUGGGUGCUCCCACACGCCCCAGAACCCAACGGCGCACCCAGGUCCUGGUCCUGUGUCCCCUGCACCCUGGGGUGCCCCCCCCAGCUCUGUGCCCGCUGGGUCUCCCAGCCCCGCCGCCCCAGCUGUGGGUGACACCCUGGGGACACCCGUCACCGCCACCCCUGUAAAUAGACAAUAAACCAUCUCAGAAAGGGCCGGCGCCUGCGUUGCCUCUGUCACCCCACG